AUGGGCGUUCUGUCAUUGUUUGAGCGUAGACGUCCAGAAACGGUGCCCACAGACCGGGUCAUUCCUUUACGCUAUUGGGAUGACUUGCACUAUCUACGCAGUCUUUGCCAUGACUUUACAUUCAGAUUCGACGACGUCCUAGAUGCCUCCAAGCUCGAGGAAGCGCUAGAUCGGCUUAUGGAAAUUGGGGAUUGGGGUCAAUUGGGCGCUCGUCUGCGCCUAAACGAUAAUAGCAAGCUCGAAUAUCACAUACCGGCGGAGUAUGACAAGAAAACCCGGCCCGCAUUUAUCUUCACCACUACAGAAUAUGGUAUGAGCAUCAGCGAACACCCGCUGGGCUCUCAGCUGCCAAAAACAGGACAAGACCAGUCUUUCCUCUCUCCCCCUUCUGCCGAGUUCGCGCCCUUAGUCCGUCAUCCAGAUAGUCCUCGGGAGCUAGCUGACUGGAUCUAUACCGACCGUCCGCAGCUUCAUAUCCAUGUUGUUCUCUUCCAGGAUGCCACCCUUUUAACCUUCAGCUAUAUCCACACUCUGUUUGAUGCGGUCGCGCGGACAAAUUUCUUCAAGGCUUGGACGGCUGUCUUGCAGGGUCGGGAAGCCCAGGUGCCUCCCUUUUAUCCAUUUGAUAAUGACCCCUUCCGCACCUUAGGCGAAGAAGUUCCCUGCCAGACGUAUAGCAAUUUCGGACAUCUUGUUCGCGGCCUUUGCCUCGUGCUUUUUGGACUCCGGUAUCUCUUCGAACUUCUGUGGUUCCGAACGGAGGAGGAACACUCCAUCCGUUUGCCGGGACACUGCGUGGAACGGAUGAGAGAGACCGCACGGAAGAAACUGGCCGCAGAUGGACCGGAACAGCGGUUUUUGAGCGAGCCUGACAUUGUGGCAGCCUGGUGGUUGAAGACAAUGGUUACCGCACUGAACCCUGCGUCUGACCGCACCGUCAUGGUGAUGAGUCCCUUCAACGUGUGGGGAGUAUUUGACGAGUGGUUCCCAGGUGACGGGAAGGGCUUCAUCGGCAAUGCAUUCUUUAAUUCCUACACUGUGCUCAACGCGAGCCAAAUUCUGGAGGAUGACAACCUGACAUCUCUGGCGUGCAAGAACCGGCAGACGCUCAUGGAGCACCGAACCAAGGAGCAGGUUCAAGCCAUGGCUGCGAUCCAGAGGAAAUCAUUCAUGAACAUCCCACCACUCGUCGGGGGUUCGGACCUCCUGUUCAUGACGCAUACCAACCAGCACAAAGCCAGAUACUUUGAAACAGAUUUCUCGGCUGCCGUUGUUGCUAUUGGUGUGCCGCUAAGUGAGAGACCUCAUGCCCUGGGUAGACCGUCGUAUAUCAACGACAUUGAGCAUUGUCGGUGGUAUCCGACUCGGAAUGUCUGUAGAGUAAUUGGCAAGGAUGCUGCGGGUGAUUGGUGGCUUCUGUUCAAGACUCGAUCUGGGGCAUGGCCUUCGAUUCAUCGACAGUUAAAGGCUCUGCUGGAGAUCGACGACUUGCCAGCAAACCCUGCGCGUGAUACCGGGGCAAGUUCAUACAAAGAACACCCGUUGGCCACAUCGUAUCCGAAGUCUAUGGGGUCUGUUUUGGACUUCCAUCUUCUAUGGAGACUAAUCGUAUAG